AUGGAACGGAAAGCGACAAGCAUGCGUGUGCCCCCGUCAAACAUUUCUAGCUUCAAGUUGUCAUUGAACUUAAAGGACCCCUAUGACCACGGGCUCUCACGUUUCGGAAUCACCUCUCACACCCCAGCAAGAAUGGCGCAAAUCUUCUCAACCGCGCAGAAUACUAGCAUCGUACAAUCGACAAUUAACAUCGCAACAUACCAAACCAGUGCCUUUGAUAAGAGGUCCUUGAAAGGUCUCGAGCACCUUCGCGAAUACGCUGCAUCUGUGACCUUCUGGGAUGCCAAAGAGCCGACAUACAAACCUAAAUGCAGCCCUGAAACCCACCUCAAAGUCAUGGACACGAUAAUGGGCUGGAUUAAUGGCGGCUCCAGGAACCCCUCUAUGCUCUGGCUCCGCGGAGGUGCCGGUGCUGGCAAAACAGCUCUGGGGUACACGAUUGCAGAGCGCUGUCAUCAAGAGCACCGACUGAUUGCUGCAGUAUUCUUUUCGCGAAUCAUGGCUGGGCGGAGCGACGGCAGAAAGCUCAUCCCCACCAUCGCAUAUCAACUCGCCGUUUCCAUACCCGGUAGCCAGUCCCACCUCGAAAGUAUUCUCAACCAGGAUCCGGCGCUGCUCGACAGAGAUAUGAAAAGGCAGAUGGAGGGGCUCCUACUAGGACCACUCAAUACACUCUACCAGGUGGUCACAACCCACUUAUGGAGACUCGUCGGACGAAGCUGUCCAUGCCUCAUCUUAAUCGACGGGUUCGACGAAUGCACCACCCAGGACGGCCAUUCUGACUUUGAAACCCAGUGUGAAAUACUCCGGGUGAUGGCGCUCAUGAUUCAGAGCCUUAGGAUACCUGUUAGAAUCCUCAUUGCCAGCCGUCCAGAGUCCCAUAUCAUUGGUACAUUCGAUGGUGAUUUUCUCAAGAGCACCCUUGUCCCUUGCAUUAACCUGUCAGACGAUCAUCGAGCUGAUAAAGACAUUCGGAGGUUCCUUGUCAAUCAAUUCGCAGAAGUACGACGUACUCAUCCUCACAUGGUGCCGAGGUCGUGGCCCGAAGAGCAAGACGUCGAAAAGAUGGUCCAGAAGUCCUCGCGACAUUUCAUCUAUGCGUCUGUCGCGAUGAAAUUCAUAAAUGACCCCCAUCACCGUCCGGACGAUCGCCUUCAAGUCAUUCUCGGACUGCUACCGCAUGACGAGAAUGAAAACCCAUUGUUGCAGCUGGACGCGCUUUACCAUCAUAUCCUUUCGUCUGCCUUUGAUAUCCGAGCUGCAAUGCAAAUUAUCGAGCUUCUCAUCAUACAACAAGUUAAUGGCCCGUCCGACGCUUUCACCAGCCCAGCUAUGCUUGAACAGAUGCUUUCUCUACGACCUGGGGACGUAGAAAGGCACCUCAGGGAUGUCUCCUCUCUUUUCACUGUGGCCGGUUGUGAAAGGCCCAUCAAGGUUAUGCAUGCAUCGCUUCCAGAUUUUUUCGUGGAUCGUUCAAGAUCUGGCGACUUCUUUGUAGAUGUCCGACAAGCGGAGGAGAACCUCGGACUGGGCAUCCUUCGCAUAAUUUUGAAUUUGAAACUAGGGAGUGAAAUAUGGACCUACACCACCUUGAUGGAAAAUCUUCUUUUCCCCUCUUUUCCCCCUUGCAAAAAAGCUGGUAUCGAAAACAAGUUGGUGCAGGCAUUCUUAGAUGUUGAUAUCAUCACCGUCAUCCUAUCUUACUUCAAGGUCUUCCUGGCUGCAUUUCCGUGGGACGAGCAUUCUCUGGAACCAGCGAUGAUGAAAUUCUUUAGCCUGUUGGAAGAUGUGGAUCAAAGCACUGCUUCAGAUAUGCACAAGUCCUUCCAAUCUGGCAUUGCAGCUGUAUGGAGAACUGUUCCGACAUAUUUCCCACUGGAGUGGCAUUCUUUUCAAGGUUUUAAGAAAGCACAGCUCGGCGAUCCUUGGGCUGGUUGUGAAAUCCUAAUAUUCACCUUGGGAGACGACGACUUAAAGAAUGCUUUCCUACGUGGUGCCUUUGGAUGGCUUCCGAUCGACGCUGCUUGCAAGCCACAGGCACACAUAAGGAUAUUUUACCCGAGCGGAGACGAGAGAAGAUUAGGACUAGACCCGCCGCUGCUGAUAAUGGAUGUUGUUGCGGGCGGGGAUGAGAGUCGAGCAGCGGCUGAGCUUUCAUAG